GGCCAAGCCCCCUUCACAAGUAGGGCCCCAGUGGCCAAAUUCUGCCAUGUUAGACAGGAUAAUGAAGAGAAAAUAGAUGAACAUGUUUUUUAAGAUAUGUGAUCAAGUUUCCUGUUGGGUCUUUGCUCCCCACCAACUACUAGCACUGGCUCAUUAAUAAGAAAAACCUGAACAAUUUGAAUAUUUUCUCCAGCCACUUGUGCUUGGACCCCUAGAAAUGGCACCUUUUCUUUUCCUAUUAGUCAAGUUGAUCAUAUUUUGCCUAACUGAAAUGUAACCGAUCAGCUGAUUUGCUUUUCAAAGUUUCUAUGAAGCUCUAGCGGAAAUCAGUGUUUGUAGAUUACAGCCAGAGAUUCUCUAAGUGAAUGCAUAUGCAGGGAAAGGCGAGGGGAAAGGGAGCAUUCCUUUGAUUGUCCCUUAAUCACUCAAUUAUAUUUGUGCAGCGGGUGAGGAGCAAAGACCUGGAUAGAUGAUGCACGCACACACACACACACACACACAUACACAUACUCCUAAUGAUGCAUGGCUCGAGACUAUGGUUCUUUAGGUUCACCUGCUUGGUGUUUGAAUUUCUCCAGUAUGACGCAGUGCGUGUCACAGUGAGGGAGUCCAGUGUGGAGGUGGUGCAGGGCGACUCAAUCACUUUACCCUGCUCCUUUUUCACCAUGAGCCCCCUGAUCCGCCUCAGCGUCAUCUGGACCCUGACUCCUUUUUCUGACCAAGACAAUCCCACACAGGUGAUCGUAUAUGAUCAGGGGCAGGUGAUCGAAAGCCCCUCCUUCACCAGCAGGGUGGAGUUUGCUGACAUGCCCUGGAACGCUGAUAUCGUCCUGAAUGAUACACGCGUUUCUGAUGCUGGCAUCUAUCGUUGCGUGGUGAACAAUCCACCAGAGACAGGAGACCCUGGAAUCGGAGAACUUAGCCUCAGAGUCCUGGUGCCCCCAUCUCUGCCUGUGUGUAUGUGGGAGGGAGACACUGAUGUAGGUGGCACCGUGACAUUGACAUGCCUUGUAAUGGAGGGUGUCCCCUAUCCACAAAUGAGUUGGGAGAAGCUGGAGCCAGAUCACAUCACCUUGCCCAUCAGCAUGGGGGGGGAGUUAAUGGGUUUGGUGCAAAUUGCAAACAUGUCUGCACAGGACUCUGGUGUGUAUCGCUGCUCCGUGACCAACGCUCUAGGCACACAAAACUGCUAUGUGAACCUCUCAGUGUACAACCCUACAGAGAAUGCCCCAGGCCUCCUGCAGGGUGUGCUAAUCACAAUCUCCAUGGGCCUGGUGCUGCUGACCCUGUUGGCACUGGUGCUGUGGCUCCACCGCUCGGCUCGGGAGAGCAAAUGGAUGGACGGCCAUGUGGAGGAGCGCUACGAGAUCACAUACACUCCCUCUGUAAUCAAGCGCUCAUUUGUCUGAGAUUUUUGGACUGGGACUGCAUUUGAAUCAAGGUUCUAUUAUGUUCAGAUAUUUCUGAGAUGCAGUAUGUGGCGUGCUACAGUUGGUCGCUUAUUAAAAUAGGGAAUAAAUAUUGUACCUUUUGUAGUGUAGACUGUACUCCUUGGUGCUGUGUAACACUAUACUACUUUUGCUGAGUAAAAUGCUGAGUAUAUUAAUUUUUCUAUCAAAACUAUUGCUUCGAGGCCUUAAUAGGUUUCUGUUCUGAUUUUUUUUUCCCAAAAUGAAAUGUGCAUAAAAAACUGUAAAUUGCACAUUUUCUGUAGUUAUUUUGUGUUCCAACACUAAAGACAUUAAAUAAGAAAACAAUAAAUUUCUUUCUUGCCAUGUUCCUGUUUGCUUCUAAAUUACACCAACGACUUAACAUAUCCUCUACCAUCACCCACUCACACCGUAUUAGAAAGUCACAUUUAAACACUGCCUAAACAAAUAUUACUUUCAAAAUUAGAUUAUUUCGGCCAAGGGAAGUUUGGGAGUGUAUCUAAACAAUCAUAAGCUCAUAAUCCUAAAAUGAAAGGAACAUAAAGAAAGCUGUUAGGCAAAUGCAGUUCACAUAACCAUUAAAUGAAGUGCCAUUUUCCCAGCAGGCCUGGUAUUACAAGGCUCAGAAACAAAGAAACUCCCCUUUAAUGUUACGCCUUAAGUUACAGUAAUCCUGUCCACUAUUACAUGUUCAAACAGCUCCUGAGCAGUGUACUUAUUUAAAAAAAAUAUAUAUAUAAUGUAUAAAAUAAAAAUGUAUCAUUCUAAAAAUAGUAUUUAUAUUGGAGCAGUAUUAGAAAGUCAGGAUUAAAUACAGGACUUUUCUAAAAGGAACUUUUACUUAACCUAAAAGAAAUGUUGAGAGUAAGCAUGACUUUCAAUUAGACUGUACUCUGUUUUCUGUUGAAUUCUCAAAUCUAAUUGGUCAGAAGCUACUGAUUAAUUUUCUAUAACCACAGCUCUGACAAUAGUGCUGGCUGUAAUUCAAAUCACAGGUUUAUAAUAAUACAUUUGCUGUAACACAUCGUUUCUACGGUAACAGUUCCUUCACAGGGACGCUCCAUACAAGCUAAGACUAAUAAAGGGAAUAGAAACAACAAUGUAUUCAUAAAAAACGUGUAUUAAGUGACGGUGUGAAGCUUUCUGAAUGGAAACAUUUCUUGAAUAUUUAUGUAAGGAGUCUCCAGUGUCAGUAACAGAGGUAAAGCUGAAACUUUAUGUUUUCCAACACAGGAAAGUCUUAAGGACAUAAGCUGCAUUUUUUGUUCUUCUUAACUUUGAGAAAGAGGGAGAAAAAAAGAGGCUAGUGAGGGGAGAACUGUUUGUAACUGUUAUACUGUAAGUGAUAAGAAUUUACUUGUUUCAUGGUUUUUACACAUUAUCUGUGACUAUAAAAUAAUGACAUGUCAGUUGCUAAUAAAUGAAACCUCAGUGUUAUGUUAGUGUUGGUAAAUUGCUGUGGUACAAGAGAAAUAAAUCACUUCAAGAUGUUCCUGUUAUAAUGUGGUAUAUAGUAACUCAACUUACUUCACUUAUGUCAGGCCACAUCACACUGCUCCAUCGUUGAUGCUUUUCCUAUAACAGCAUGCCCUAAAUUGUGUUAUUCUUUACUUAAAUACUCCUCUAUACCUGCUUAAAACUGAAAUCCUUAUUAUUUUGAAAGUAACCUUCUCAACCUUUCUUCAUCGUUCUGGGGAAACUAAAUUUUCAGAACCAGC